AUGAUGGUGAACACAGCUCAGUUCAUGGCGCUCUAUGCCUGGUAUUCCUGGCCCAAUGUGGUUCUUUGCUUCUUUGGAGGUUUUCUGAUAGACAGAGUUUUUGGAAUACGGUUGGGCACUAUAAUAUUUAGUGUCUUUGUUUGUGUCGGGCAGGUAAUUUUUGCUUUGGGAGCACUACUCAAUACUUUCUGGAUGAUGGACAUGGGCAGAUUCAUAUUUGGAAUAGGUGGAGAGUCCUUAGCGGUGGCACAAAACACAUACGCAGUCAGUUGGUUUAAAGGCAAGGAGUUAAAUCUUGUGUUUGGAUUACAACUAAGCAUGGCCAGAAUUGGGAGCACAGUGAACAUGAAUAUCAUGGGAUGGAUAUACUCUAGAGUUCGAGAUCUUCUGGGGUAUACUGGUCCCAGUACUCUUGGGUUAACUCUCAUGAUAGGUGGCGUAACAUGUCUCUUUUCACUGACCUGUGCAUUAAUCCUUGCUUAUCUGGACAAGAGAGCAGAGAAGCUCCUUUGUAAAGAGCAAGGGAAAACGGGUGAAGUGAUUAAGCUAACUGAUGUGAAGGACUUCUCUUUGUCCUUGUGGCUUAUAUUUGUAAUCUGUGUCUGUUACUAUGCAGCGAUUUUUCCUUUCAUUGGACUUGGAAAGGUUUUCUUUAUUGAGAAAUUCAAAUUCUCAUCUGAAGAAGCAAGUGCAAUUAACAGUAUUGUGUAUAUCAUAUCGGCAUCCAUGUCCCCAGUCUUUGGACUCCUGGUGGAUAAACUUGGAAAGAAUAUCAUCUGGGUUUUAUGUGCUGUAAUAACUACACUUGCUUCUCAUAUUAUGUUGGCUUUUACCUUCUGGAACCCCUGGAUAGCAAUGUGUUUGCUAGGAGUGGCCUACUCAUUGCUUGCCUGUGCCCUGUGGCCCAUGGUGGCCUUUGUUGUUCCAGAACACCAGCUGGGAACUGCUUAUGGCUUUAUGCAGUCUAUCCAGAAUCUCGGUCUGGCAAUUAUUGCUAUAGCAGCUGGGAUGAUUCUGGACACAAAAGGAUACUUGUUUCUUGAAGUCUUCUUCAGUGCCUGUGUUUGCUUGUCACUAAUAGCUGUAGUCAUGCUGUAUUUUGUGAAUCACCUCACAGGUGGUGAUCUCAACUGGUCUGCAAAGAAAAGGGAAAAAUUGCAAAAAGUAGCUGCAACUGAAGUGGAAGAACAAGAGAGACUCAGACGUCAAAAUGAAGAUGACUUGGCUAAAUUACGGCCAAAAGCUGAUGACUUCAGUUUAAGGAAUAAAUACCUCUCCAAACUAGGUGCUCAGAUGUUAGUAACAAAGUAGGGGUUUUCAUAAUGAAGAAUAGAACAAUGAGAUGUUUAUUUUAAGAACUUGGCUUAUUGUUUCAAAUAGCCAGCAAAUCAACCUCUGAUUAAAAUGCUAAAUGCAUGCUUGUUCUCAGAAAUGAAGUCUCACCAAUGGUAAUUAAAAAUCUAAUGAAGAAAACUAAUCAAUGUCUGGCGGACCAAAUAAGUCGAGGAGCAGGCUUAUUAUGAUGCAUAAUUCUUUUUAUUUUUUUGCAGCUACCAGAUAAUUACUUUUCCUAUUUAUCGACAAUGGUACACAGAAGUGUGUUGAAACAGCAUCUUGCCCCACUUGCAAAAGCGGCUAUAUGUUGAAGUUCCUGGUACACAAAACUUUGUUUCCAAGUACUGACAACUACCGCAGCAAAAGCAGAGUGAUGCACCAUACUUUUCUGCAAGCAUAGAUCCUGUUUUUAAAAUACUUGGCUUAAGCUCCCCCUCCGCACUGUGGGUAAAUAACACAGAUAUCAAUGAAGGACCAUCUGGCUGUUUAUUUGAAGCCAUGAGCUAUGUACUACACCCUCCUGUCUAAAAUACUUAGUGAGUGGCUUGAGUCGAUAGCGAAGACUUGAUCUCUUCAACAAUAUCUGAAAUGUGAAAGCUUUGUUUCAGUAAUCAAACUGCUGUGAAAUGAGCCUUGAUAUGUAGGUAUGGGUUAUUUAGCCUCUCAAGUUGGACAACUUGGUUACUGUGUUGGAAAUGGUCUGUUUCAUUUUUCUUAUGGAAAAAUGUAAGGAAGGACUACCUUUUUACUUCGGUCCAAGCAAAUAUUUCAGAGGAAACCAAACUAUACAAUUUCAGUGUUACAGUUCAAAAAGUGCUAGCCCUGGAAUUUAAUACCAGGUCACAGGCCUAGCAAUAAACCUCAUGUAAGUCCUGAUUAAUGUGAAAAUUGAUGUAUUUUUAAGAGGUUGUGACUAAAAAUGAUGAAGAGUUAAAUGCAAGAACUGAAGCUUGGCAUUCAGUGGAAAAAUGUUCAGUUUCGUAAUGAAACUUAACGCUUUCCCAUAAUUUCUGUGGAAGACUUGUUGCUGAAUAGGUAGUUCCUACUAACUCCUGCAGAGUACAUUUUUCUUUGUUUUUGUUACUUAUAAAGGCUUACUCAUGUAAUUGGACAAACUAUUCCUAAACUAAGCUAAUCUUACUUUAAAAGGCAAGAGCAUCUGGCUUUCUGGAGCACUAGGUACACCAAACGAAGAGCUUUGCUAUACAGGAGCACAGGGGUGAGUGAGCUUUCCUUGGCUGACUUCAGGACUCCUUAUGUGCCACAAAAUGCAUAAGAGCCUUUGAUGAAUUGCUUGACUGCAGAGAAAGUAAUUUGUUGUAAUAAAAAUGUUACAUUAUACCUGUAAUAUUUUUUUGCUUACAGUAAUUUAAGCAGACCUUCUGGAACUCAUAGUCUUAAGGUGUGUUUUUUUUUUUUUAAAGAUACUUUUCAGUGGAGAUUUCUUUCAUGUUCCUGAAAGACUAAGCCAGGACUAUUUUGGUUAAUAGUUCUGUAUUCUGAAGAACAAUCUAGGAAAAUAAAGUAGCAGGUUGUGAACUAUGCUGAGCUUGCUGCCAAAGGGGAGUAGUACACUGACCUGUGAUAAUUUUUAUUGGUGCUUUCUGUGCUCCCUUUGAGAACCAAGCACUAUCAGCUCUGAGACUGGUUGAUGCAAGUUGGUUUGUUUUUCCUUGUAGACUUGUGAA